UGACGUAAGCGAAUGAUAAUACAAUAAUUUUGAAUAUUACCAUGAAUUUCAUUUUCCAAUAAGAGUUUCAGCUUUGUUUGUUAUUGUAUGUUAAAUAUUUCUUCUUCAUGCUUAGAGUUUUAAUGAUAGGUUUCUAUGAAAUGCGUCUAAAUUAUAAAAUUUUAUUUAUCAUAAAACGAUUUCAAUCUACGUACUUGAGUAUUACGGUCUCGCAGUUAUUUGUGUAAAUAAAUUAGAAACUGAAUUACAUCCUGAUAUAAAAGCACAAUCACCAUGCAAAGUGGCUUGGAGCACGAAGACUUGUUAAUAAAACUACGUGCAAAAUUAAACGAAGGUAAAAUUAAGUUAUGGGAACCUCCUUAUGUAUCUACAGAAGGAGAUACAUCUCAUAACUUUCAGGAGCUUGCGAACAGAAUAGCAUCCGAGCUAUCUUUAGAUAUGACUAUAGUUCUAGAUGGUUUGCUUGAACUACAACAACAUUCUGUUGAUCGAUCAAAAGCUAACGAAGAAUUUAAAGAAACAGGAUGUGCUACUUUGCGAGUUAAGGCUCCAGGAAGAGGGGAAAAAGGAGUAUUUAAAGUCAUGAAGAAACUGAAUGUAAUGGGUUCCGAACUGAUUGAUACAAUUUCUGAGGUGUUAGGAGUUGAAAACACUAGACUGAAAUUGAUAUUCAAUGGUAAGGUCAUUAACCCCACCUGCAGCCUAGAGAAUCAAGGUGUUAAAAACGGAAUUCAACUUAUGGCAUUAAUUAUGGCAGAAAAUACAGAGGCGCUGAAGAGAGAGGAUGAUAUGUAUCUUCAGAUGAAACGGACUCUGGAGGAUGCUACCCUGCUUUCAGAAUGCUACGAUGACCUUGGUGACGAGUCAUAUUUGAAUUUGGAAGACCAGACCGGAAAAACAGUGGAUCUACCCAAGUCAGAACGGAGGUCGUUAUUCAUAGGACUCGCAUUACACGAGAGGGGACGCACUUGUAUAAAGAAGCGGGAAUAUGCAUUUGCACUCGUGUUACUUUUGGAAGCUGAUAGACAACUCAGUGAAUGUCGGGCCCAAAUCUUAAACACGGUUGACAACUAUGGAGUGCUGCAACUGGACAUAGCGUGGUGCUACCUCGGUCUGCAAAGCCUUCAAGCCGCGAACGACGCGGCCGCGAGACUCGCGAAGGCCGAAGUGGCCUUCACCAACAGCUACGGACCGGAACAGCAGAGGCUCAUCGCUCUCAAGGGCACGGACGCCAACGAACGAGUACUCUUCAUGAGGUUGUACCUCCUUCAGGGUAUCGUGGCCUAUCAUCAGAACAAUAGGACUCUGGCCAAGGAGUUACUCGAUAAGGCUGAAAGAGAACUGAAUAACCUGAGGGUAGAUGAGUCGUCAGUGCAAGCCCUGAUGGAGUUGGGCUGGAGCGAGUGCCAAGCGUACGCGGGCCUCAGAGCGGCUCAAGGGGAUGUGAACGGGGCGCAUCACUACCUCGACUCGGCCACGAAGCGAAGGGAAGUGGAGAGGCGGGCCAAUAGGGAUGAUAGAGAACAGCGCGCGCUAGGAUUAUGCGAAGACGGCAGUCCCGUGGAUAAACAACUCACAGAGAGCCUAGUGGGAAUGGGUUACUCCAGGAAACUGGCCGUUCUAGCUCUCAGGAACGCCAAUAACAACGUCACGGAUGCUGUCAGGAUCAUACAGGAGCAACCCGAAUUGUUGGAGGACAGCGACCUCUCGGAAGAAGAGGAGUCAACGGAGCCGGUGGAACCGGAUAACCAACUCCUCUCUGAGCUAUGUUCAAUGGGGUUCGAGAGUGAGACAGCGAAAUACGCUUUGAAGCUAAGUCGAAACGAUUUGGUUCGGGCCUUGGACAUCCUUCACAGCGAAGGGCCUUGUGCUGAACAGACUGACACUAACAACCCGUCCACUAGCACUGAAGCUAACACCAGUCGAAAGAGACAGAAAAAAGAAGAGAAGAGACGGAAGAGAAAGGCCCGGCAACUUGCAGUCCAUCGAUUAAGGCAGACCAUACGCUAUGAAGACGACGACUAUCUCAGCUCGCCGCUCUCUGAGGAAGAACAUUUCCUGAUACAAUAUAAGUCCUUGUUGUAAACAUUUCAACUUAACAUCGAUAUUGUAAUGUAUAAAGUGUUUGUUUUUUCUUCCUUUAUCGUCGUAAAGGUCGUGACGAAUUGACUUUUUUUUCAGGAAAAGUUGAUUUUACCUAACUUUUUUUAUUAUUGUAAAUCUUAUACUGAAGCAUCGUACAAAAUGCUGAAGCAUCACACUAGAUGGCGCUGCAUUACAUUUAAUUUUGCUAGAUGCGGCCGGGGCUGGGUUCUAGUAUUACGUAAGCACUAUAGGGGGGAGGGGGGUCUUUGAUUUUCUUAUUUGGCGAUUACGUCAACAGUAAUUAUUGACUUUUUAUACAUAUUACCCUCACAUUGUCUAUUCUUGAAAAGGAAAUGCAUUUUCGUGGAUUCCUACAAAAAAUUAAUACGUUUAAGUACUACUACUUUUGAGAGCUUUGCUUACUUUUGCUGACAAGAGGGGGGGGAUGGGGGGAUAAAUUGCAGUAAAUCUGCUUACGUAAUACUAGAACGGCCCCGAUGUCGCUGACAUUUCACUUUUUAUUUAUGGCACAAUAUAGCGUUGUGUUCCUAAUCUAAACGGGUUUUAUAAGUUGAAAUAAAAUAACUUAUAAAGAAAGUACUUUAUUUUAAAAAUAUAUAACAAAAUGCUGUAACUGUCCCAUUUCCUAUUGCGAGACGUAUGACGUAACUCGAAUAACCUUAUUUAUAAAAAGUAACAUAUCAAUAUAGUACACUGUCGUCUCUUUCUAUCAAAUUGUAUUUUCGGUUUAAUGAAAAGAGCCAGGUGAGAGCGACUUCGUCUCAACUUGAAGCCAUUUGGAAAUAUUGACUAAACAUAGCGUUUAGUAUGUUUACUUGUAUGUACGUUGUGUAAUUGUUUUCUAUUUUAUAAGCGUUUUCAAAUAAAAUUAUUUUGUGUACGAA